GGCCCCGGCGAUCUUGGCCGAGACGGCGCCGCGCGGACCUCCGAGCGCCGUCCCGGGCCGAUGUCCCAGGUGAGUGGCCAGCACUCCCCUCGUCGCGACGCUCCCCAUGAAGCCCCCAGCGCAGCCCCCGGCCCAGCCCAGACCCCAUCGCCCCUGCCUGGGCUGGAGGCAGGGACAGGACCCACUCACUCUGUGGAGGCAGUGCUAGAAGAGGGCUCCCUGGAGGAGGAGGCACCCCCCAUGCCUCAAGGCAAUGGCCCGGGGGCCCCCCAGGCCCUGGACAGCACUGACCUCGACGUCCCCACAGAAGCUGUGACACGCCAGCCACAGGGGAACCCCUUGGGCUGCACCCCACUACUGGCGAAUGGCUCUGGCCACCCGUUGGAGCUGGGCGGCGCCAGGCGGGCGGGGAAUGGUGCCCUGGGCGGCCCCAAGGCCCACCGGAAGCUGCAGGCUCACCCAUCUCUCGCCAGCCAGGGCAGCAGGAAGAGCAAGGGCAGCACCAAACCCGCGGCCUCCCAGAUCCCGCUCCAGGCACAGGAGGACUGCUGCGUGCACUGCAUCCUGUCCUGCCUGUUCUGCGAGUUCCUGACGCUGUGCAACAUCGUCCUGGACUGCGCCACGUGCGGCUCCUGCAGCUCCGAGGACUCGUGCCUCUGCUGCUGCUGCUGCGGCUCCGGCGAGUGCGCCGACUGCGACCUGCCCUGCGACCUGGACUGCGGCAUCCUGGACGCCUGCUGCGAGUCGGCCGACUGCCUGGAGAUCUGCAUGGAGUGCUGCGGGCUCUGCUUCUCCUCCUGACCGCGGCCCCGCAGCUCCAGGGGGCGGCCGGGGCUGGCGCCCAAAGCUGAUCGGCCCCCUCCCGUCCCCCCUCCCCCGCCCGGGACCUCCCAGAACCCCAGCCCAGUGAGGGGGGGGGGCGCUCCGGGGACCACCUCAGUCCCGGGAGCCGGGGACCUGGCGGCGGGGGGCUAGGGUGGGACCCGCUCGGGGACGGGGGCGCGGAACACUGUGAACGUCGGGGGAGGGCAGGGGCGCGGGAGGCGGGGCUGUGCGCUUCUCUACCUCUCCCUGCCCCCGGCGCCCGCCUCCCGCUGCGCCCAGGCUGAGAGCGCAGCAAAAUGUGAAAAGAGGCGCCCGCCCCGCCCUCAGCCGGCCCCUCCCUGCUCCUCUUUCCUGGGCUGUGGGGGUGGGGUGGGGUGACCCGUACAGUGACCCCAGCGCGCAGAGCUGGGCUCGGACCGG